GCGGUGCCUGGCGCCGAGCCUCCCAAGAUGGCGGUGUGCAUCGCGGUGAUUGCCAAGGAGGUGCGUACGCGCGGCGUGGGGCGUCCGGGCUCGCACCAUCCUCGGCUCUCCGCUUUCUUCUUCUUCCCUGGGCCUAGAAGGCACCUUAGGAAAUGGGAUCUGGAGGAGGCCUUCGCCGAGCUCCAGCGGUCAGGGGCUUCGCGGUGGACGAGCCGCCAGGCAGACCCUGACUGAGACCCCAGUUCCGCGCUCGCCCGUCCCGCUGCUGAACGCACCCCUCGGCGCACCAGGUCUCCUCCCCGCCAGGACCCACCAGAAACCUAGGUGGUCCCGGGCACUACCUCCGUCCUCAGCAGGUUCUGCCCGUUCUCCCGUCCAGCGCUGGUUCCCCGCGGACGGCGACCCCGGCCCUCCUGCCAGUCUCCCCGGAGCCGAGUUAAAAACAAAUCGGAUCCUGUCACGCCUCUGCCUGAGACCUCUGCAGUGGCUUCUCGUUGCCUUAGGAUGCUGUCUGAAUAAUCUGCUCUGGGAUCCUUUCCCCCCAUAACCCUUGGCACCCUCCGCUCCAACCAAACAAUUCUGCAGCUCCCUGGACAUGCUCUGCCCUCUCACCUCUGGGCCUUUGCACGCGGAACACCUCUCCCCAGCUCCCAUCCUCUUUACUGGCCCACAUACAUUUCAACUGGAAAGCAUUUUCUGAAGGCUAAGACUGAGCUGGGUGGCUGCCCACACGCUCCUGCUGCACGGAGCCUUCAUUUCCUAGCCAGGGUCUCCCGAGACCAGACUCGAGACCGCUCCCUGCUGGGCGGUGGCUGCUGCUAAGCUGCUCAUGGGCUUCUCUCUUGGCCAAGAUGAUCAUUUGCUUGUUUGUGGGUUUAUUGACUAGGUAUCACUCCCCACGAGGGUAGCGAGGACUCUUGUUCACUGUAUUUCUGCAGGACCCAGUGCUGAACAGACACAGGAAUUACCCCCUCUACAUUCGCAGCACCCCUACGGAGAACGAGCUGAAGUUCCACUACAUGGUGCACACAUCUCUGGACGUGGUGGAUGAGAAGAUCUCCGCAAUGGGGAAGGCCCUGGUCGACCAGAGGGAGCUGUACCUGGGCCUGCUCUACCCCACGGAGGACUACAAGGUGUACGGCUACGUCACCAACUCCAAGGUGAAGUUUGUCAUGGUGGUAGAUUCCUCCAACACAGCCCUUCGAGACAACGAAAUUCGCAGCAUGUUCCGGAAGCUACACAACUCCUACACAGAUGUGAUGUGCAACCCCUUCUACAACCCGGGGGACCGCAUCCAGUCCAGGGCCUUUGAUAACAUGGUGACGUCGAUGAUGAUACAGGUGUGCUGAGUGAGCUGUGCUGCCAGCCAUCGCAGAGGAGCCCGCGCGCGACUGUGGUGGGGCUGUCGGUCUGUUCUGGUCGCCUCUUCCUGAAUGGGACGCCCGGGGCUUUCAGGGCAGGCAGCUGUGCAUGUUCUCUCAACUAAAGGUCUUGUGAGAUGA